AUGAAGCUCCUUACCAAGGAAGAAGAAGAGGCUCACUACCACACCGUCGUGAAGGGCGGUGCGAUCGGCGGUAUCUCCGGUCUGGCGAUGGGUGCCGCUGGUGUCGCCCUUGCCACUCGCCGGUUCCAUACGAUCCGCGCCCUCACACUCCCCAUGAAGGCCUUUCUGGUGACCUCAUCGGGUACAUUCGUCGGGAUCAUCGCGGCCGACCACGCCUCGCGCAAAUUCGGCGAGGAGCACAAUGCAGAGAAACAAUGGUAUGAAGAGCGCGAGUUGCGUCUGCGCUCUGAAGAAAACCGCGGGCUCUCCCUCACCGAGCGCGCCAUGGCGUUCGCUCGCCGCGAAAAGUACAAGAUUAUCGGUGCUACCUGGAUCGCCUCUAUGGUCGGCUCCUUUGCGCUUGUCAGCCGCAACCCGUACCUCUCUGGCUCGCAGAAGAUCGUCCAGGCCCGUGUGCAUGCGCAGGGCCUGACGCUUGGUGUUCUGUGUGCUUCGGCGGCGUUUGAGAUCUCGGACCAGCGCCGUGGUCGCGGUCUGCUGGAUUCCGCUAACAAAUCUAAGGGAGCUCAGGAGGAUGCGGCCGAGCCGGCUCCUGUGCACACUCAGGACAAGGAUGAGGGUGAUCUGUGGAAGGACAUGGUUGCUGCGGAAGAGCAGCGCCUGAAGGCCAAGCACCAGACCCUGAGCGUGAAGGAAGAGCACGAACAUGCCAAGAAGGCUGCUGCAGCUCAUAAGCAAGAGGGUGAGAAGGGCCAGGAGGGUGAUGCCUCCGACGCCGAACAGAAGACCGAGGAAGACAAAGCCGACGACAAGAGUGAAGAAAAGGCCGGCAAAGAGAAGAAGAACAAAGAGAAGACAGCCUAG